CAAUACAACCUGGAAGAUUAUUAAAGCCCUCUCAAAUCGUCUUCAACACAUUGAUGGAAACUUCUAGAAACAUCACCAACUCAUCGCUCUUCCAAUGGUUAGGUCUUGUAGAAGAUUCUGAUCAGCCUUCUAGCUCUACCCCUCCUAGAGUCAUCACUCUUCUCGCUUCAGUUCUUGAAAAGAUGAUUCAAAAGAACGAAAAGCCAUUCUACGCAAGACACAAAACGGACGAAGAGAUCAGUAUGUUCCAUGGCUCAAGAGAACCAUCAAUGACCAUUCAUCGUUACACAGAGAGAGUCCACAGGUACGCUCGGUGUAGCCCUGCGUGCUUCGUUGCGGCCUUUGCUUACAUCCUGAGGUAUCUACAAAGACCAGUGGCUACAAGAAUGACUCGUCGUCUCACAUUACUCAACGUUCAUCGCCUUCUCAUCACCAGUAUCUUGGUCGCAGCCAAAUUCUUGGACCGCAAGUGUUAUAACAAUGCGUAUUACGCAAAAAUCGGAGGUGUGAGCACUGAAGAGAUGAAUAGGCUGGAGAGAACGUUCUUGUUCGAUCUUGAUUUCAGGCUAAAUAUUACACCGGAGAUGUUUGAGAAAUACUGUCUCAUGUUGCAGAGAGAAAAUGUGCCUUGUGAUUCAAGAAAACUUAGAACAGUUCUUGGAGAGAUAGCUUGUAGCUGCCAAGCGAUUUAA